AUGGCAGUUACCCUAGUCUCCGCGUACCAAAACUUUACCGUUAUUACGCGUCUUGGAAAUGUUAAUGGCUUAGUAAUUCCUACAACAAAGGGUGACAUCUUCAGAUUCACAGGAAUUCCUUUUGGUAAAGCACCAGUUGGUAGCCAACGUUUUCUCAAACCGCAGCCAUACGGUUCCUGGAAGAGAACUCUCGAUGCGACUAAAAUUGGACCUGCUUGCAUGCAAUCAUACACCUAUGCUAGUGUAUAUCAUAAUUAUUUUUCAGAAGACUGUCUCCAGUUGAAUAUAUAUGUUCCUUAUAAUAUUACUCAAGAUCUGAGGAGAAGCGUUAUGGUUUUUAUUCAUGGCGGGGCAUACAUGCUUGGAUCAGGUAUUUCAAUCGAUGGUUCUAGGAUAGCCUCCCAUGGUAAUGUAAUUGUUGUGACAAUAAAUUACCGCCUGGGUAUGUUUGGAUUUCCAUCUUUGCAGUACUCUGGAGUUGAUGAAAACGUCGGAUUGUGGGAUCAGAUAUUAGCUUUGAAAUGGAUCAAAGACAACAUAGAUGAUUAUGGUGGAGACCCGUCUGCUAUUACAAUAUUUGGUCAAUCAGCUGGAGGAUUUUCCGUCAAUUUUCAAAUGCUUAUACCCCGUAAUAAGGGUCUUUUCCAUCGUGCAAUCAUUGAAAGUGGCACAGCAAAUUCAUUAAUUGCUAUGAAAAGAUCAUCAAAUGUUGGACGCCUGAUAGGAAAGAACUCUCGUUGUAAUGAUCAAGACCAAUCGAUGUUCUUACGAUGUUUGCGAAAUUUGGACGCUGGUAUCAUUGUCAACAAAACUGAUGAAUAUUCUGCAACGCUUGGCAUUGACGUCUUUUAUGAACUUGUAUUUACCCCAGUACUAGAUGGUGACUUACUUCAAAGAACACCUAUGGAAUUGAUUAGAGAUAAAUCUUCGGAAGAAUUUCAGUUCUUUGAAUCAAUUGACUUGAUAGCGGGUACCUGUGAUAUGGAGGGAGCGUAUGUUUUUAUCACAGGUAAACCUUUCGAAAGAGAAUUUAAUUUCAAUAUGUCAGAUGGAAUUCCAAAACGAUUUCUUUGUGAUGCGUUGAUAUCAGGAUUUGUUCAAACUUACUAUGAAAAUAGUUCAACAAUUUCUGAUCUAAUAUGUCAAGAAUAUACCAGUAAAGACAAAACUACUCAAUCUUUGAAUGUUGCACAUUAUUUGACGGAUUUUCCGUUUCUUUUGCCAACUAUAAACAUGUUACAAGCUCAUGCCUCAAGCAAAUCCUCCUCAACAUAUCAAUUCAUAUUUUCGGAAGGGGAACACUCGCUUUAUCCAAAGUUCCCAUCUUGGCUUCAUGGGGCGGGACAUGGAACUGAGUUGAUAUAUCUCUUCGAUGCUAGAAAGUUGGCAAAUUCUAAUUUUACUCUCUCUGCGAAGCAGGCGGCAUUAUCACUACAGCUAAUUGAAUACUGGACAAAUUUUGCAAAAACAGGAAAUCCAAACGGUCCCAACAAAGCAGACUGGUUGCCCUAUCUCAGUAACACAGAAUCAUACAAACAACUGAGCAUAAGGAAUAUGACGAAUGGAAACCAUUACAGAAAGGACUAUGUCAAACUAUAUAACACGAUCAACGGUUAUAAAUUCCUAACGUCGACAGGAGGAAAUAUGCAAUCUAGAAUCAUUUUGAUCUUGGUUGUACUUUUUUAUGGUUUAAAAUUGUUUCUGUGA